AUGGCUUCAUCAACCUCAGCCCGCUCUAAGACUCUUCAGAGCAUUACGUUGACAAAAAUUCGGGAGCUGGAAAAGCAGCGCGAGAGAUACGAAUCUCAAAAAAAUCAAUUGCUUCAAGAUGCAGAUUCUUGCGCCGAUCAACUGGUACGGAUCAGGAAACUGCUCGACGGAGUGAUUAAGAUAUGCCCAGAUCAGAGAGACGACAGCAUUCAGAACAUCCAUCACUGGUUGAACCAGGCAAAGUACGACAACUCAGUUCCAGAAGAGCUCAUCAACCAAUAUGAGCACAGCCUACGCUCUAAACUCGAGGUACCAACCAGAAAGCUGGGUUUGGGGCACCUCUAUGCGCGCUUGGUGACUGAGUGGAUGGACUCAUCGGCUUGUGACGGACAAGCCACAGCAGCUGCGGAAGACUCGUUUGAGGUACUCGACAGCCAGAAGCAGCGCUUGCAGGAGCUAUGUGACCACUUUGAACAAGUGGUCUUUGAGCCGCUCGAAACAGACGAGAAGGAGAUUGAACUCUAUCUUCAAGAUCUAUUUGAACCAAGCCAUAAUGAAAACGCGACAAAGAAUUUCGAGCAAUUGAAACGAAAAGUCGCAGCCCGAUGCAGGACCCUUUUCGAGCGCAAUAACCGGGCAUUUGACCUUGUUACGCUGAGGUGGUGUAUCAAAGGAUUGCUUAAAGAGGAUCUAUUAAGUGAUGAAAAGCAGGUCAUUCUGCGAGAGUUUCUCGAUGACGAUGUCGUGUUGGAUGAAAUUGCUGAUGUCCUCAACAUGAGAGUCUCCGACUUCGAGAAUUGGGACUGGAACGUCGGCCCAGAGGGAAUUCCCGUUCUUCCAAGACAACAGCUGAAUGGAAAAUAUAGAAUCUGGAUGGAUGAAGACGUGCUGCAGGCCAUUUUUAUUUACUAUUUUGGCACCACGCUCUCUAUUCUUCUCAAGAAUGAGCUUGAAACCCUCGUAUUUUCUAGCAACUCAAUAUGGAAAACAAACACUGGACCCCAGCCUCAUUCUGUUCAGGAGACAAGACGCAAGUACUACAUGGGGGCCUACAGAUCGAUCCCUCCGAAAAGUGCUGAUGCUGCCCGAAUGGAACAGUACAGAAACCACUUCUUCUUGUCAGCGUUGCCUCAUGAUGUGGAUUCAAUUCCGGGAGCGUACGAUGACGACGGUGACGACGACGAUCGUUCAGAUGAUGGGGACGAUCAAGGUUCUAAAAGUACGAAACAAAGACUGCUUGAGACAUUGGCUACUGAGCUGUUGCUUCACCGUUCGCUAAACGGUGAAGUUGCCAUGGUUCAGACCGAUCUACAAUGGUUUGGUGCGGGUUUGUCUCACUCAACAAUUCUUGCCGUCCUCCGUUUCUUUGGCUUCACCGAUGCGGCCGUGUCCUUCUUCAAGAAGUUUCUGGAGGCUCCCUUGAAUAUUCACUCGCCAGAAUUCCCGAACGGCAAGGGUGCGCGAAUUCGUCGUCGUGGGAUGCCAAUGGCGCAUGCCCCCGAAAAACUAAUUGGAGAGCUCGUUCUAUUCAUUCUAGAUGUUGCAGUGAACCAGCAAGACGGCAUGCUUCUCUACCGCCAACACGAUGACCUCUGGUUCGUUGGCGAGCCUGAGCAUUGCGCUCGCGCCUGGAAGACUCUCAAACAUCUGGCUGGGAUCCUGGGCUUGGAGUUCAACGAGAAGAAAACUGGCUCAGUGUAUUUCCAAGAAGGGACAAAAGACGCCGAAAUUCACAACAUACUGCCAGAGGGAGCUGUUCGCUUUGGACAUUUAAUCCUGGACCCCGAGACUGAGAAGUGGAAGAUCAACGAGGACCAGGUGGACGCCCACUUGAAACAGUUCAAAAAACAAUUGGAUGAAUGCAAGAGCGUGUUGCAAUGGGUGCAGACCUGGAACAGUGUCAUGGGUCGCUUCUUCGGUGAUAGCUUUGGCCAGCCAGAAUACUGUUUUGGCGGCGAACAUGUGAAGAGUAUCAUUGAAACCUAUCAAUCGAUGCAACGAUUCUUAUUUGCGGAGGGCCGAGAGAAUGAAGGGGGGAGUAACACCAGUGUAGUCAGUCAUCUGAGGAAGAUGAUUGAGACCCGAUUUGGUGUGGUCAACCUGCCAGAUGCAUUUUUCUAUUUGCCUGAGCAACUUGGGGGGCUGGGUCUGCGAAAUCCAUUCAUCAAGAUGCUUCAGAUCAACAGGGAGUUGGAGGGGGAGACCCCUCAGAAGAUCAUUGAAGAAAUGCUGAGAAAAGAGCAAGAGGCUUAUAAAGAAGCCAAAAAAGAGUUCUACGGAAUAGACAGCGCUGAGAGGCGUAUUUCUCGAUACAGCAGGUGCAAUUCGCAAUCAGCGUCGGAAAUCACUCGCCUGCUCACCGAGGAAGAGCUGGAGACAUUCUUCAGCGUGGAGGAGUUCACCAAGUGGAGGGCUAGGUACAGCUUUGAAUUUGCGGAUGUGUACAAGCGUUUACGCAGUGCGCCGGAUCGAUGUAACCCGCGGCUGGAUUCCGAUGUCAACAAGGCUGUUAGAAACGCAUCCAGCAGUUCGCGUCAAGGGGCGCAGGUGGUGAACAAAAGCGAGGCCGAGUGGGCGCUGCAAAUGCAUCGCGAGUCUCUCAAGCGAGAUUACGGACAGCUCAGUUUAAUUGAGCACAGGUACCUACUUCUAGGAGUGCUUGCCGCUUUGAGAGGCAAACCUGUGAGAUGGACCAUGGUUCUAUGA